AUGAACAAAGUCUUGGGACAAAGCUUUCUUGAAAGUAUCACCUACGAGCAGUCCCAGGAUGUUGAAAUCACCACUCGGCUUUUGCAGUCGCUGCCAAUGUCUCAGUUGGUUGCCAAAGGGUUGGCCAUCGACCAUUUGGCAUUGCAAAACGUUCGCACUGGGCUAGCUGGAAAGCUUUACAUGGAAAUUGGACCUGACCCAGCGUUCACUCAGGAACUGAUACGCGGAGAAGUAAGAAACGGAGACCUUGUGUUGGUGAAAGCAUCCAACAGUAAAAAGAAUGAGAAUUCAUGCGAAGGCGUGGUAACCAGAGGUUCUGAUAGAAUGAUCACCAUUGCGAUCGACGAGGCUCAGGAGAAUAACGCCCUGAGCUUGUACAAUGCCUCUAGACUUUGCUUGUUGAAAACCACCAACACCAUUACAUACAAGCGCAUGCAGUCAACCAUGCGGAAACUGUGCGAAAUCGAAGGAACGCCAAAUAAUGAGAUUGUACAGUAUCUCUUGAAUGAAACGAGCUUCAUUCCACAGAGAAGCCAACUGAAUACCGAGUUCUUUGAUGACAGACUCAAUGCCUCCCAAAAGGACGCAAUCGACUUUUCGUUGCAAAACAAGCUAAGCAUUAUUCAUGGACCUCCUGGAACAGGUAAAACUCACACUCUGGUCGAACUUAUCCGCCAAUUGUGUGAGAAAGGCCAUAGAAUUUUAGUCUGUGGCCCUUCAAACAUUUCCGUUGACACAAUUUUGGAGCGUCUCGCUAAAGUGAUGCCGGGGCAAAGUCUUCUUAGAAUUGGACACCCAGCUCGUCUUUUGGAAAAGAACCUGGCCCAUUCACUAGAAGUUCUUUCUAAAAGUGGUGAUGCUGGUACUAUCGUCAGAGAUAUCUCGAAAGAAAUCGAUGACACCAUUGCGAAAGUCAAAAAGCUAAAAUCUUACAAGGACCGAAAGGCUAGCUGGAGUGAGGUCAAAAUCUUACGCAAGGAGCUGAAGGCCCGUGAGCAAAAAGUGGUGACAGACCUCAUUCUAAAUGCAAGAGUGGUCGUUUCUACCCUUCACGGUUCUAGCGCAAGAGAAUUGGUCAAUUGCUACUCGCACACAGAUCAUCUAUUCGACGCAUUGAUCAUCGAUGAAGUAUCACAGAGCUUAGAACCGCAGUGUUGGAUUCCACUGAUAUCUCAUUACAAAUCGAACAUGCAAAAACUGGUACUGGCUGGAGAUAACAAGCAACUGCCUCCAACGAUCAAGACCGAAAAUAAUGAUACAGUCAAACAAGCGCUAACUACAACACUUUUUGACAGAUUGGUGAAAGUGUAUGGUGACUCUUUUAGAAACCUUCUGGAUACACAAUAUCGGAUGAAUACCAUGAUCAUGGAUUUCUCAUCUCAAGAAAUGUAUGGUGGGAAAUUGAAAGCAGCAGAGGCAGUCGCGAAUUGGACGCUCGCUGAUUUACCGGCCGCUGAUUUUAACGAAAAUACCGAAGCUCCUUUAAUUUGGUAUGAUACGCAGGCUGGCGAUUGUCCUGAAAGAGAUGAGGACGUCAACGACGCUGGUGCAAUAUCGUCAAAACUCAACGAGAACGAGGCUUACUUGGCGCUACACCAGGUUUCGAACUUAGUCUCUAGUAACAUCUCACAAGAAUCAAUAGGUAUCAUUGCCCCUUAUAAUGCCCAAGUUUCACUGCUGAAAAAACUCGUACAUGCCAAAUACCCGCUUGUCGAAGUCUCCACCGUCGAUGGAUUUCAAGGUAGAGAGAAAGACGUCAUUAUUUUAUCAUUGGUGAGAAGCAACGACAAUUUUGAAGUCGGCUUCUUGGCCGACGAGAGACGUCUCAACGUGGCAAUGACGCGGCCAAAAAGACAAUUAUGCGUCAUUGGGAACAUGGAGACUUUAGAACGAAGCAAGGUAAAAUUUCUUGAAAGGUGGGUGAGGUGGUCCGAGGAUAACAGUGAGAUAAGGUACCCAGACCUCAGCGAAGUGUUGUGCCUGUCGUAG